AUGCCUUCUAUUCAAGAUUCAACUAUCCUUAUUAUUGGUGGUAGCUCUGGAAUAGGCUAUGGGGUUGCGGAGAAGUGUCUUACAGAGGGAGCCAGAGUUCACAUUGCUUCCUCGAACGAGUCCCGUGUUCAGUCAAGCACCAAGUCACUGAGGGAGAAGAUCAGCAAUGCUCCAAUUUUCGGUCAUGUCUGUGACCUUUCCGGCGCUGAUGUCGAGGAGAAUCUUGAGCAGCUACUUAGCACCGUUGCCCCGAUCGACCACAUUGUUUUCACCGCUGGUGAUAGCCUUGCUGUCAUGCCAUUGGGCAGCAUUAAUCUGGAUCUGAUACAGCGAGCUGGGCAUAUCCGUUUCGCCGUGCCUCUGUUGAUGGCGAAAGUCGCGCCACGAUUCCUGAAACCUGGUUAUCAAUCCUCUAUAACUUUGACCACGGGAGCUGGCUCCCAGAAGCCAUCCCCCGGCUGGUCAUUGGUUGCCGGCUAUCUGACUGGCUUGCAUGGACUAACCCGCAACCUGGCCUUGGACCUCAAACCGCUCCGUGUGAACCUGGUGAGCCCUGGGGUGGUAGUGACUCCUUUGUGGGGGCAGGGCGGAGUACCGGAUGAGAUGAAAAAUUACACCACGCUGGGUAAAGUGGGUACACCGGACGAAGUUGCAGAAGCCUACGUUUAUCUGAUGAAGGACACCAAUGCCACUGGGAGCUGUAUUAGUACCAAUGCAGGAUCACUUCUGCUGUAG